CUGCUAACAGUAUAGAAAUCAUGAAGAAGAAUGCAUUUGAGUUAAUUAAACUUUUUAUUAAUGAGCCAGAUCAUCAUUAAUCCAUCAUCCUUUUCCUUUUCUUGUUCUAUAUUCCUCAAUUGAGUUGUGGGCGCGCAGCUUAGUUCAUGAGCCCAGAGCAAAAUUAGGUAGAAUGAAGGCCAUGAUGAAUAACAGUGUGGGCAACAAGCAAUUCUCAUGGGGUUUUGUCAAGUUUGCAGUUUGUCUUAUGCUGGUGGGACUUGCCUAUCGUUUGCUCCUCUCUAAUUCUGUGCAGUUCUCCACUGUUCUGGUCGCCACCGACUCUGCGUCCGUCGCCGCCGACGAGACAUUGCCGCUGCCGGUUUCCAGUGAUGAGCUUCUGGAGAAUGUUGAUGAGGACCAGAGUUCUGAGAUUGUAAAAUGUGAUUUGUUUGUGGGAGAUUGGGUUCCAGAUUCUAGGGGUCCAUUUUACACUAAUGAAACCUGCAAUUCAAUACAAACCCACCAAAACUGUAUGAGCAAUGGGCGGCCUGAUACAGAUUAUAUAUACUGGCGGUGGAAACCCAGAGACUGUGAACUUCCAAGGUUUAAUCCACGGAAGUUCCUCAAUUUCAUGAAGAACAAAUCAAUGGCUUUUAUUGGGGAUUCGAUUAUGCGGAACCAUGUUCAGUCACUGCUUUGCAUUCUCUCACAGGAGGAAAAAGUUGAAGAGGUCUACCAUGAUGAGCAAUACAAAAGCAGAAGAUGGUAUUUUCCUGCAAAUGACUUCACUCUGUCAGUGGUUUGGUCUCCAUAUCUCGCAAAAGCCACGAUAUUUGAAGACGAUAAUGGAGUAUCCACGGAUAUAGUCCAACUCCAUCUUGACAAACUUGACGAGGUAUGGACAGAACAGUUCAAGAAUUUUGAUUAUGCUGUUGUUGCCGGGGGAAAAUGGUACAUGAAGCCCGCGAUUUACUAUGAGAAUGGUGUGAUUGUGGGGUGCCACAGCUGUCCCGGGAAGAACAUAACAGAGGUAGGAUUGGACUUUGCUUAUCGCAGAGCAAUGAAUUCGACUCUCGGGUACAUUGCUAGCUCGAAGCGAAAGGUAUACACAUUCUUCAGAACCACAACACCAUCCCACUUUGAGAAUGGAGAAUGGAACACUGGAGGUUAUUGCAACAGAACGAGGCCGUUUAAAGAAGGCGAGGCUGAAAUAGAUAGUACAGACGAGCUAAUGCGCAGAAUUGAACUGGAAGAAUUUGAGAAGGCAUCGGCAGUGGGAUCAGAUCGGGAGAAGGGAUUAUCCUUAAAACUGUUUGACACUACUUAUGUUUCCCUUCUGAGGCCGGAUGGACACCCAGGAAUCUACAGGCAGUUCCAUCCAUUAGCUGGAAAAGACAAGGGGGUUAAGGUUCAGAAUGAUUGUCUGCACUGGUGCCUGCCUGGUCCUAUAGAUUCUUGGAAUGAUUUGAUGAUGGCAAUGCUUCUCCAUCCUUAAGGAGAUACAAGUAUAUAUAUAGCAAAAAAAAUUUCCCAGUUUUGAUGAUAUUCUUAGCUUGAUUUUCCUAACAGGAAAAUUCAUGGUUAAUUUGAUCUAUCUGUUCAUUUAAAAUGGCUUUGCAGAAUUGCAGCACAUCAUAUCGCUGCAGAGCACAGAGAUGAAGAAAGAUGUGAUUGAUUAUUGUAGCAUUGCUUCGGGUGUAAAUAAAUCAAUCAAAAUGUUUUUUUUUUU